AUGGUGUGAAUGGGAUUGGAGGUUACAACUGGAUGGGGAGGAUCCGGGCUCAUCAGUGUGUUGUCAAAUUUAGAGAGGUUAGGAAGGAAUGUGUUGUCAGAUUUAGCUAUGUUGGUGUGUGUGCCCGAAUUUAAAAGCUGUAGAAGAUUUGGAGUCCUGAUUAACACUAUAUAGUGUAACUUAAAACUGCAUCAACUGGAAAAGAACAUUGUAGAAGUGGGGAUUAGAAGCAAUGUCUAUCUCUUGCGUAUGUCCUGCAGCGGAUUGUGCAGAUUGUUUUUCAUCAGGAACCAAAAUUGAAUGGCCGGAACUGAAAGGUGUGAAAGGAAAAGAAGCCAUGCAAAAAAUCAUGAAUGAUAACAAAUUAGUGACGCCUGUGCUUAUCGGGAGAAAGAUGUCAUUUCCUUCUGAUCAUUGCUGCGGCCGUGUUUUUUUAAAGGUUGAUUCUAAUGACGCCAAUCCAGAAGCCCUUGUUUUUGUGGUUCCCCGUGUUGGAUGAGGAAGGCAUUGAAGACUAGACAUCCAUCCCACCCGUUGUGCUUGAAUUAUACUUAUAUGGGAUGCUAAACUAGUUGAACUCAACUUGAAUUGAAAUAAUGAAAUAAAGAUUUCUUGUCAAA